GUGGCUUUAACAUUUAUGAAGACUAUGUAUUGGCCCAGGCCCAUAUUAGUGAAUGGGGUUGGUGCGCGUUUGUCUUCUCUUCGCUCGUGCAAUCUCUCUAUCUAUCUUCCCACGCGAUCUGUGAUUGUCACAAAACGAGCGAGAUAAUGUAUUCGCGGUUUAGAACCGUCGCCGGAAACCUAAAAUGCACCACCAAACACUUCUAUUCAUCUUCCACCACCAGCACCACAACAACCACCGCAGCUCCGACUGAAUUCCCACAGAAUCUUGCCGGACUUCGUGCUCGGCUGGCGACGGAGUCUCCGUCUCUGUCGGACUUCAUUUCAAUGAAAUCGGAAAGCGCGUAUUCUGUUGAGGUUGGGACGAAGAAGAAACCGCUUCCUAAACCGAAAUGGAUGAAGGAAUCGAUUCCUGGUGGUGAGAAGUAUGUGCAGAUUAAGAAAAAGCUCCGUGAAUUGAAGCUUCAUACGGUUUGUGAGGAGGCAAAGUGCCCUAAUUUGGGAGAGUGUUGGUCUGGUGGUGAAACUGGUACUGCCACUGCUACUAUCAUGAUUCUUGGUGAUACUUGUACUCGAGGUUGCAGAUUUUGCAAUGUUAAGACAUCAAGGACUCCUCCACCACCUGACCCUGACGAGCCAACCAAUGUGGCUGAGGCAAUUGCAUCGUGGGGUUUGGAUUAUGUGGUUAUAACAAGUGUUGACCGUGAUGAUUUACCUGAUCAGGGGAGUGGUCAUUUUACUGAGACAGUGCAGAAGCUGAAGGUACUGAAGCCUAGCAUGCUGAUUGAAGCCUUGGUUCCCGAUUUUCGAGGAAAUGCUGAAUGUGUAGAGAAGGUUUCCAAAUCAGGACUAGAUGUCUUUGCACAUAAUAUCGAGACAGUUGAAGAGCUUCAGAGUGCUGUCCGGGAUCACCGGGCUAAUUUUAAGCAGUCUUUGGAUGUUCUGAUGAUGGCCAAGGAUUUUGCCCCUGCCGGAACCCUCACUAAGACUUCGAUAAUGUUAGGUUGUGGGGAAACACCUGACCAGAUUGUGAAGACAAUGGAAAAGGUGAGAGCAGCUGGUGUUGAUGUGAUGACAUUUGGUCAGUAUAUGAGACCCUCAAAGCGCCAUAUGCCAGUAUCAGAAUAUAUUACGCCUGAGGCCUUUGAGAAGUAUCAGACUCUUGGCAUGGAAAUGGGAUUUCGAUAUGUGGCAUCUGGGCCCAUGGUAAGGUCAUCAUACAAGGCAGGUGAAUACUAUAUUAAAUCCAUGAUUGACUCAGAUCGGGCUGCAUCUUCUCAAAGCUGAGUACCUGUUGAUCAUUUUUCCCCCUUCAUUUUUUGUUAUUUACACAUUACUAAUGUGCAUUAUGUAUAAGAAGAGGCACAUGCUUACUUCAUUCUGUUGAUGUCCAUGCCCAUACCACUUGUAAUCUAUCAUUAAAAUGGUAUUAAACGGGCUAAUGCUGUCUACAACAUCCCCCUCCCUACCACCAACACACAAGCAUCACCGAGUGGGUAAAUUUAUUUGGAAAAUUCCAUUUAAAGGUUGUGAAAUCUAUGUUCUCAUCUACCUGUCCUGAACUUUUGCUCUCUUUAACCCGUGCAAUUUUUACUUACUAUUCUACCUACGAAAAGUAUUUAGUUUGAGGCUUUGAAACUAUUAUGAGAAAUCAUGUACAAACUGUUGAUUUUAUAUGGUUUAAUUGAGGUGUUUAUUUCACAA